CCUGUUGUAAGUUAUAUUUGGUAAUUAUUUACUCAAUCAAUUAAUAAAAAAUCAUUAAAGAGCUAACAAAAGUACUUUUCUAAUUCAGGUGGAUGGAAAACUACACUUACAACAGCCUCAUGCUCCAGCUGGAAGGCCUGAAUGUUUCACAGGGCUCUUUCUACCCUGUUUUUUUUUUUUUCCUUUUGUCCUACCUGUUCAUAAUGCUCACCAACAUAGGCAUUGCUGCCAUGGUUUUUGCUGAUACAAACCUGCAUCAGCCAAUGUACCUGCUUUUCUGCAAUCUGCCAUUCAAUGACAUCCUAGGAAACUCUAUCAUGGUGCCUCGCUUGCUUUUAGACAUGGUGCGUCCAUCGUCUGAACGCCUGAUCAGUUACUACGAGUGUGUGGUUCAAGCUUUCACCUCACACAUGUUCGGAACGGCCAGCCUCACUGUGCUCAUGAUCAUGGGCUUUGACAGAUACGUGGCCAUCUGUAAUCCCCUGCGCUACGCAACCAUAAUGACCAACAGAAUGGUGAUGAAGCUGACAGCUUCUGCCUGGGGGGUGGCCUUGGUCUUGGUUGGUAUUCUGCUUGGUUUGACCAUAAGGCUGAACCGGUGCAGAACACGGAUUCAAGGUCCUUACUGUGACAACCCCAAUCUUUUUAAACUCUCUUGUGAAAGUGUCUUCAUUAAUAAUGUCUAUGGCCUCACGUUCACUGUUGUCCUGUUCACAGCCUCUAUAGGGAGCACCAUUGUGACCUACAGUAGUAUCACCAUCGUAUGUCUAACCAGUAAGAAUAAGUCAUUAAACACAAAAGCUCUAAAGACCUGCAGCACUCACCUGGUUGUAUAUUUGGUGCUGAUAUUUAGUGGCUUUGCUAUUAUCAUUUUACACCGCUUCCCUCAGUACACAGAGUACAGAAAACUCGCCAGCCUUUUGUUCCACAUUAUUCCCAGCAGUUUAAACCCAGUUAUUUAUGGAGUGCAGUCCAAAGAAAUACGCAGUUUCUUUUCUAAACUGUUGAAGUCUAAGAAACUUUGCACAACCAUUAAGUAAAAUUACAUGUGAUUCAGGAUUGCACUGC